UCCCGUGCUGCGCUCUCCCCCACCCGUCCAAAUCGCGGCAUAAAAUGUGGCCCGGCCAUGCUCUUAACUUUCCUCUCCUCCUCCCCUUCCUCCUCGCCCUCGCCCCUGCAUCUGGGCCAGAUUAGCUCCCCCUCCACCCAGCCGGAGGAUCCCCAGAUCGACCCACCACCGGACGGUAAACUCCAGCCGAUCUAGGGGAUAUACCAAUGGCGACAUCCAAGAAGGAGCCUCUUUACCCCAGCAGGGACAGGGCCAAAAGGAUGGCCCCCAAUCUCAGGCCCUCCAGCAGCGAGUCCUCCGGCUACGGCGCACGGCGGGCCAAGUCAGUGCCAAGUUCCCCGGAUCGCAAAUUCGGUCCUUCAGCUGCUGCAGCAGCUGCUGCGGCCGCCACUGCUCCAUCUGCCGCUCCGGACACGAGCCGUCCCUUAUUGUCGCACGCUGGCCGUUCCAUCUCGUCACGGACAAUGUCCACCUCAAGCUCAUCCAGUCAUGGCCGCAGGCCAUCCUCUGGUCCAGCCUCGAAGCCUACUCUGGCUAGAGCAAAAUCCGAGAAGGUCACUGCCAACUCACAGCGGCCUCCUUCGCUAGCUGUGCCGCUGAGCAAUUCGUUCAAGGACAUGGCCAAGACGGUCUCCAAGUCGCAUUCUUCCUUGCUGAAGAAUAAGCUUUCACCAAGGCCUUGUGCUGACAAAGGGGUGGCGUCCCCAAAGCCGAGCAUCAAGAGGGUGCCAUCGGCAGGGCCUGCGAGAGGUGGGAAACCUCUGCCGGUAUCCUCGGCACGGGCACCAGGCGCCGCCGCCAAGAAAAGAGAAGCAGCAAAUGAUGGUAGCUCAAGGCCGAAAGGUACUACUCCUCAGAGGGCAGUGGAGCCAUCUGUAACCAGGCAGGAGAAGGAUGACGAGCCGUCAAUGCAGUUCGAGGAAUCCGAGAGCCUAACAACUCCGUCCAUCGAAGAUCAGUUGCAUGAGGAGCUCCCUGACCCGGUCGACCUGAAAUUCAUCGACAUAGCUGCUUCUGGUUCACCUCCACGUGACCCAUACUUUCAGCAACAAGGCAACAAUGUGGAGGAAGUGAAGCGGCAAUUGGACAAAGAAGACGGUGAGCUUCAUAAUGGAGGCCACGGCACUGAUGCGAGUGGACAGAGCAAACCCGACACUGCAAAGGUUGCUGAUGAAUUGGACCGAGCGGAAACGGAAGAGGCUAGAACAAAGGCAGCGGCGCUGGCGAACAGGGCCGAAGUUGCUCAAUCAUGGAGGAAGGAUGAUCCCAAGAGCAACGAUGUGAUCGAGGAAACCAAAGCCAAGCUCCUGGAGGAGAGGAAGAGCAGGGUGAAGGCCUUGGUAGGGGCCUUCGAGACGGUAAUGUCAUUCAAGGAGUAGCGCUCAGCCUAAUUGUUUUGAUCAGUCCUGUUUGUCAUUUCAAGACGAGUACAUUCUGUCCUCAAUAUAUGUGAUCAUGAUUCCUCAA